GAACUUUAUGUUUAUUGUAUUAAUACUUUUGAUAUGGAAACAGAACGCUUUAACAAUAAUGAUUCCUUAAUAAAAUUCAAGGAUGCACAAAUCUCACCCUUUUUUUGGAAAUCCUAAAUAGUAUUUGAUGAAGAACAUCCUGAAUACACUUUAAAUUAGCUUCUUGGCUUUCUGCUUAAAAUGAUAUAUGUUUAAGCAAUUAAUUUAAUUUUUGUUUAUAUUAUAGCCUUUUUAACUUUUUAUUUGGGAGGCCUUUAGAAUUUCCUAGUGGAACGUGAUGAUGGUAUUAUUUAUACACUUUACUGGUUUAUCCUAGUGAUAAUAUUUUAUAUUGCAAUAUGCGCAAAAAAAUUGAGAACUUCAUUUAAGUUGGUAGUAUAUAUUGUCCUGUCAUUAAUGGUCAUAUUACUUUUUGGAAAUCUUUUGGGAUUGAUGGCACUAUAUUUCCCUUACGAAUAAAGAGUCAUUUUUUUAAUCUAUCCGAUCCUCUUAACUUCGACGAUGAUAGUAUCAUUCAUUACAAUAUUGAAAGUUGUUCCAAUUCAAAAUUUUAGUUUUGAAAAAUUGGUGGCUACAUCAACUUUAGCAUAAUUAAUUAUAUUUAUAAUAUUUAUUUGUCUUUUCAAUGAAGAGUGGCUUUUUAUUGUAUUUGUCUGGCUUUAUCACUACUUAUAUUGUGUAUGUUUUACUUAUCAUCUCAUUUAAAUAUCAACAGGAACAAAUAAUGCUUUUAAGGGAGAUCAAAAUAUACCUCUAGAUUACAUGAUAGCAGGAUUAACUAUUUAUAUAGGAUCAGUUUGUUUUACUCUAAGUUUUGUUCCAAUAUUGACCUUUAUACUCAUUUUAGAAUCCUUUUUAAUAAUGUGUUGUAAAACAGAUGAAAGAUAUUUUGAUAUUGUUUGA